AUGGGUUCUGUGGCACACCCCGACGCAAAACGCGUCGUGAUCAUCGGGGCUGGCAUCGUCGGCGUCAACGUCGCCGACGAGCUUGUUGAACGAGGAUGGUCUGACAUCACGGUUGUCGAGCAGGGGCCCCUCAGCAUGCCGGGAGGAUCUACAUCACAUGCCCCUGGUCUCGUCUUUCAGACCAACCCAGACAGGACCAUGACCAAUUUCGCCAAGUAUACCGUUGAGAAGCUGCUGUCGAUCAGCAAGGAUGGCCAGAGCUGCUUCAACCAGGUCGGAGGCCUGGAGAUCGCAACAACCCCAGAGCGCCUUACAGAUUUGAAGAGGAAACACGGGCUGGCCCAGUCGUAUGGCGUCGAGGCUCGUGUGAUUUCGAAGGAGGAGUGUCUGAAGCUCUACCCGCUUCUCGACAAAGACAAGGUUCUCGGAGGCCUGCACAUACCCACUGAUGGUCUGGCGCUGGCUGCGCGCGCCGUCCAGCUCCUGAUCGAGCGCACAAAAGCAGCUGGCGUGCGCUAUCUGGACCUGACUCCCGUGACGGGAAUCGAGAGGGCCAACGGCCGCGUCACCGGGGUGACUACAUCCACCGGAACGAUUCCGGCCGAUAUCGUCAUCUCGUGCGGUGGUUUCUGGGGCGUUGAGCUGGGCGCCAUGGUUGGCCUCAGGGUGCCUCUUGUGCCUCUUGCCCACCAGUACGUGAAAACGACAUCAGUGCCGGCCUUGAAAGAUCGCAACAACCCAGAGAAUGGGGCUUCUCUGCCUAUCUUGCGAUACCAAGACCAAGACCUCUAUUACCGUGAGCACGGCGACAAGAUCGGAAUAGGCUACUACGGCCACAAGCCCAUGCCGUUUGUUGCAGCCGAUCUGGGUGUCACGACCAAAGAGGUCGAUGACAAGAACAUGCCUUCUCGCCUUGACUUUACCCCGGAAGAUUUUGAGCCGGCGUGGAAGUUGACACAGGAGCUGCUCCCUUCUACCCGGGAUGUGGAGAUUGGGGACGGCUUCAACGGCCUGUUCUCAUUCACGCCCGACGGUGGCUCCCUCGUGGGCCCUCAUCCCACCCUGGAGGGCUUUUUCGUCGCCGAGGCCGUCUGGGUGACACACUCUGCUGGUGUGGCACGCGCUGUUGCCGAGGUCCUCACCACCGGCAAAUCCACCUACGACCUAGCCUCCGCGGAUAUCAACCGUUUCGAGGAGGUACAGCUGUCUGAUGCUUACGUAGCAGAGACGUCGGCGCAGAACUUUGUCGAGAUAUAUGACAUCCUCCACCCACUCCAACCAAAGGAAUCCCCCCGUAAUCUGCGGACCUCGCCAUUCUUCCCCCGCCAGAAGGAACUGGGGGCCUUCUUCCUCGAGGGAGGCGCCUGGGAGAGACCCUACUGGUAUGAAGCCAACGCGAAGCUGCUGGAGUCAAUCCCACCAGAGUGGAAGGCGCCUGAGCGGGAUGCCUGGUCAGCCCGGUACUGGUCACCCAUCGCGGCGGCCGAGGCAUGGAAGACACGCACAUCCGUGGCCAUGUACGACAUGACGCCCCUCAGGCGGCUCGAGGUGGCCGGGCCGGGCGCCGAGGAGCUCCUGCAGCGGGCCAGCACGGGCGACGUCGGCAAGAAGCCGCUGCCCAAGACGGGGCCGGUCACCUACACGCUCUGGCUCGACGGCGAGGGCGGCGUGAGGUCCGACGUGACCGUGGCGCGCCUCGAGGACGAGCUGUUCCAGGUGGGCUGCAACACGCCCGUCGACACCGUCUACAUGAAGGAGGAGGCCCGCAGGCAGACGGCCAGGGACCCGAGCAAGUGGGUCUACGUCAAGGACAUCACGGGCUCGACGUGCUGCGUCGGGCUCUGGGGGCCCAAGGCGCGCGACGUCAUCACCAAGGUCAGCAGCGACAACUUUGGCACCAAGGCCCUCCGCUACUUCCGGUGCAAGCGCGUGACCAUCGCCGGCGUCCCCGUCACGGCCAUGCGGCUCUCGUACGUCGGCGAGCUCGGCUGGGAGCUCUACACCUCGGCCGAGCACGGCCUCAGGCUGUGGGACGCCCUCUCCGCGGCCGGCGAGGAGUUCGGCAUCGUCGCCGCGGGCCGGCAGGCGUUCAACUCGCUGCGCCUGGAGAAGGGGUACCGGUCGUGGGGCACGGACAUGACCACCGAGCACGACCCGUUCGAGGCCGGGGUCGGAUUCGCGGUGAAGCUGGACAAGGAGGGCGGUUUUGUGGGCUCUGACGCCCUGCAGGGCCGGUCUGCGGAGACGUCCAAGAAGAGGCUGCGGUGUCUGACUGUUGACGAUGGGGCGUCGGUUGUCCUGGGCAAGGAGCCGGUCUUCCAUGCCGGCAGCGACAAGGCUGUUGGGUAUGUCACUAGUGCUGCGUACGGGUACACUGUCAGGAAGCCUAUAGCAUAUGCAUGGCUCCCUGGUUCAUUGGGAGAGGGAGAGUCUGUCGAGAUUGAGUAUUUCGGGCAGCGGAUCAAGGCGACCAUCACCCCCGAGCCACUGUUUGAUCCAAAGAUGGAGCGUUUGCGGGGUUAACGGGUUCGGAAUGUUCAGUUUAG